GAAGAGCAUGAACACUUCCGUGUUUGAUCCUCUGCAGGUCGGCGCCCUCCAGUUGGAGGUGAUGAGAGCCACGGAGGACCUUCUGAAGCACUGAAGACGGUCAUGCGCUCCUGGAGGGGCUCGAGCACGCGCACCACCUGGAGAGGGUCACGCGCUCCUGGAGGGGCUCGAGCACGCGCACCACCUGUUGGAGCUUCCUGUUCGGGAGGAAGAGUUAAAGCUGAAUCCUGUAGAGUGACCUGAAGGAUGAAGUGAGGGAGGUGGACAUGUGGAGAGAGGAGGAGGAGGAGGAGCUGGUGGAGGUGCUGCUCCGAGGCAGAGCACCCUGGGGCUUCACCCUGAGGGGCGGCACCGAGCACCGGGAGCCUCUGGUCAUCUCAAAGGUGGAGGAGGGCAGCGUGGCGGCGGCGGUCGGCCUCCAGGCCGGUGAUGAGAUGGUGAGCGUGCACGCUGUCGCCCUCAGCGGCUCCCGUCUGGAGGCCGUCUGCCUGGUGAAGAGCUCCCACGAGACCCUGACCCUGGUGGUCCGGAGGAAGAAUGAACCAAACUCACGGCCCCAUUCCUGGCACUCCUCCAAGCUGACGGAAGAGGAGGCGGAGCCUGCCAGGCGAGAUGCCGCCGCGCCAACGAUCUGGCAGCCAAAACAUGAAGCAAGGCCCAAAGAGUCAUCCGAUCAAGGGGACCAGAACCUCCAGUGUCGGCUAACCAGCCAGUUGAGCUCAGGGAACAACAUGGAGAAACUGGAGCGUCCCGCUCACCCUUUCCCACCAGGUCGUCUUUCCCCGACUAAAUACAUCAGUGGUGCUGAACCGCUCUGUGGACCGGGAAGCAAACGAGACUCCGGGUUCAGCUGUUUCUCCAUCGCCUCCAGCCCUCCGAUCCAUGACCACAGAUCUCCUGAUGGGAAGGGUACCAGCAAUGAAAACAUUUUCUUCAAGGGCCUUCACAGUGAAGGGCCUCAGCAGGCGGAGUGGCCCAGGUACCUGCAGCCGACAAUGGGGAACGGUGGCCGGGAGGAGCAGUCGGCCUCUCGGGUCUCCGUCGCAGGGAGGCCCGGCGUAGGCCCCAUGUGGCAGGUACCAGAGAAGAAGAAGUCCCAGUCUCCACCUCCACAGCCCCCCCUGCGCUGUGACAGUUUUGCUGCCACCAAGGUGUUCCCGUACUCCGAGGGGCCGGGUGGUCCAGCAAAGACCCACGGCAGGUCCGUUGAGAAACUGACAGAAAGUAACCUCAGAUCUCAGCAGGAGAAGACCUCGGAGGCCCGACGUUGCUUCAACUCCUUGUCCACGACAGACUUCCUCCUUCCCAACACGGCAGCUGACCACAACCACAACCAGCUGCACCCCAACAAACUCUUCUCGCUGUCCAGCAAUGACGUCAGACAGUCUCAUUACACCCAACGACCUGCCCACCAGAGGCAAUACAGUGACGAAAGCCCCUUCUGCAUGCAGACCAGGUCAGCACCCCCCACCAAGAUUCAGAGUGUAGGAAGCUACUAUCGCAGCCUCCAGGAACUGCCCACAAACAUCUUCAGCCGGAAACACGCUCGGCACUCCACGGCAUCCAUGGCUAGUUCUGCUGCAAACCCAAACCAGGAGAACGGGGGGCACAACAGAUACUACGGCCCGGCAAGCAAGCGUUCGGUUCAGACUGCUCAGCUCCAGGUUCGGCACGGCAAAGUAGAGGGCCGUAGGGGGGAAAUGGAGAAACCGCAACAGGUGAACAGCAAUGAACCAGGCUUCACGAGUUCCUUGAAGACAAACGGUAAGACAAAGUACUCUCUACCUCAGUCCCAGCUGCCUUAUAGUGACAACAAGGAGCGCAGUGGCCAUUCCAACCUGGGGAAUGGUCUUCAUUAUGACCGCCAAGCCUCUGAACUGUCUGUCCGAAGCCAGGAGGAUGCGGCAAAGAGGUGCGAAGGGCACGCUUAUGACACGAAAAGACACGUCGCAACGCAUCAAUGUAAUGAUCAUAAGGUCGGUCUUUCACGGCACCAAGACCCAUGGGUGCCGCAGGAAGACCACCGAAUAUCCCCCCUGAAAACCCCACUUCUCCACUCCCUUGCCCAGGAGAGUAGGAGUCUGGCUGCGAGGCAACCGGCAGCUAUGACCGCGGGUGCAACACAGGAUGCCGGGGACACCGCGGCCGGCGGCGGUGGGAAAUCUUACCGCCGCAGCGACCGAUAUGCCACCACCCUCCGCAAUGAGAUCCAGCAGAAGCGAGCCCAGCUGCAAAAGAGCCGCAGCGCUGCAACCCUGACCUGCAACGAGGAGGACGAGGAGUGGAGAUCCACCAACACGUCUAUGUCUUCUGGUGCGUCCUUCUCCAACACCUACAAGGACCACCUGAAAGAGGCGCAGGCCAGGGUCCUCCAGGCCACCUCCUUCCAGAGACGGGACCUUGAGCCUCUUGGACCAGAGGUGCCGGUAGUUAAACGCUCCAGUGGACGCAUUAGAGGACGUAAGCGCUUCCCAAUGGCCAAGAGGGUGCACUCCUUCUCAGAGCCUGACACGAUAAACAAGGUGGGGGUCGAGGGAGAACCCCAGACGGGGUCUUUCGGAGAGCGGAAGAAGUUCUUUGAGGCCAAACCGGCGUUCUCCAGGCCUGUGCUGAAGUCCAGUGCAAACUUGAAUGCAGACCUUGGUGAGACCGUCAAACCCAAAGAGAUGUCUCCCUCUGCAGAGGAGGAGGCUCGCCCACCUGCAGAACACCUCAGCCCUGGACACAAGCAGGUGUUGGCAGAGCAGCAGAGGCUUGGGACCUUCGCAGAGUACCAGGCUACGUGGAACCAGCAGAAGAAGUCCUCAGAGGCCAAGACGCAGGGGAGGUGUCACUCAGCGGAGAACAUCUUGGAUGCAGAUGUUGAGGAGAAGGCUGUGUGCGUCCACGAGAGAUCCCGAUCGUCUCCCUCUGCAGACUUCUAUACACAGAACAUCCCUUUCCCAUGGAGAGACCCUCUCAGCCAGCAGAGCACUGACAGAGGGAAAGCAGAGAGCCGGCUGCGAUGCCAUCCCGACCACAGGCCACAGCCGGCCCCGUCAGACCCCAGGAACGAGGGCCCGGUCCCUGGCCUCACAGACCACAGGCCCCGACCAGACGCUGCCAGUCCCUACCACACCACACACUCCUCUGGCCCCGGAUCCCAGUAUCCAUCCCAGCUUCCACAAACUAAGGGCCUCCUGCCUCCGCCCAGGCCCCAUUUAGGCCCAGAAACCACAUCCUCCCUGGCAUUCCUCACUGGCGCCCAGGCGGACCUGACAGCGCUGGAGCCUCUGUCCCGGCACCAUUCUCCUGCCCAGACCUCCUCCGCUGGCCCCGCCUCGGCCGGCUCCGCUCGCCCUGGAGCCGGCCGGAGCCGAGGAGGUGGAGGAACCGAGCCGGAGAAGGAGCCCCCUUCCUCCCUGCUCGGCGCCCGGGCAGCUGCUCCGUCUCUCCCUGCAACGGAGCGAGCGCCGUCUCCAUCGCCGCAGUCUGCACCGCCGAGGCUGACCGACAGACCGCCGGCCGCCCGGGAUGACUCACCUCUCAGUUCUGAAAAUGGUCUGAGGGUCCCAGCUGAGAUGGAGGUGAACCACACGGUGAGGAAAGUCCCCGUGAGGAUCGUCCACGCCGAGUGCAGCUCGCACCGGGAGGGCCGAGCCUACCUGCCUCAGAGCGGCGAGACCUGCAGCGCCUCGGAGCCUCCGGUCCACGUGCCCCCCCUGAGCCCGGCCUCGUCCCUGUUCAGCGCUUACGCCCGCCAGGACCCGGCUCAGGCUUCAGGGCUACUGAAGGAGUCGAGUCCAGCUCGGCGCUCAGAGGAGGACGCCAAGAGGGAGGAGCUGGCCAGGGACAUCAUGGGCAAAGACAAGUCCCUGGUGGACAUCUUGGACCAGAGUGGCAGGAUGACCACCAUGGACCUGAUGGAAGGACUCUUCCCCACGGAGGAGCAGGUCCUGGAGGGGAACCACCAGCGCAGGAGGGCCUCCUCUGGCUCCAGACUGCCCACCUCUUCCCCCAGGAGCAUGGACAGGAGGGAGGAGGAGGACUCGUCUGCAUCCGCCUCCCUGGUGCCCAGCUCCUCCUACUACAACACAUCGGCUCCCAAAGCCGAGCUCCUCAUCAAGAUGAAGGACAUGCAGGAGCAGCUAGAGGAGCAGGACUCUGAGGACGAGCUGGAGGUGGACCUCGCCCGCAAGAAGCAGGAGCUGAUCUCCAGCCUGGCCCGGAAGCUGGAGGUGCUGCGGGAGGCGCGGCGCCUCCUGCAGGAGGACGUGGAGGACAAUGAGGCCCUGGGCCGCGAGGUGGAGGCCACCGCGCGGCGGCGCUGUCGGCCCAACCAGCUGGACAAGUUCUGCAUGUUCGUGGGCGACCUGGACAAGGUGGUGAGCCUCCUGCUGUCGCUGUCGGGCCGGCUCGCCCGGGUGGAGAACGCCCUCGACGGCCUGGAGGAGGAGGCGGAGGAGAAGAGAACCCUGACGGAGAAGCGCAAGCUGCUGAUGCGGCAGCACGAGGACGCCAAGGAGCUGAAGGAGAACCUGGACCGCCGGGAGCGGCUGGUCUACGGCAUCAUGGAGGCUCACCUGGACGCCGGCAGCCUGGACGACUACCGGCACUUCGUGAAGAUGAAGUCGGCGCUCAUCAUCGAGCAGCGCAAGCUGGAGGACAAGGUCAAGCUGGGCGAGGAGCAGCUGAAGUGCCUGCUGGACAGUCUUCCGCCGGAGCAGAGGCCGGCCGUCUGAUGCCGCCGCGCACCUGGGGAAGCUGCAGGGAAGAAGACUAUGUUUCCCAGGUGGCCCUCAGAGCCUCAGGACCUGAACCAGGUCUCACCUUGGGGAGCUGCAGGGAAGAAGACUAUGUUUCCCAGGUGGCCCUCAGAGCCUCAGGACCUGAACCAGGUCUCACCUUGGGGAGCUGCAGGGGAGAAGACUACGUUUCCCAGGUGGCCCUCAGAGCCUCAGGACCUGAACCAGGUCUCACCUGAAGCUUAAUUGACGAGCAGACGACGGCUUGUGAACUAGAAGAGCUCAAAGCCAGAUGAUAAAUGUAUUUUAUUCACAGAGGAGCAUAAAACUAAUUAUUUAAUGUUGCUUCUGCACCAGAAACUCUUGAUAUAAACAUGAAGGUCCCUAAAUGUAGAGUUAUUAGUCUAUAAGUCAAUGUACUCAUGGUUCACUGAUGUUUUAUUACAUUUUAUAUUGUGUUUAAUACUCAGACACUGAUUUUAAACUUAUAUUUAUGAGCAGAUGUUCUCGUUAUCUUCCAGUGUUUUUUGCAUCACAAGCUGUAAUUAAUUACCACCGGGUGUGUUUUAACUUUUAUCUUUAGUGAUAUUCUUUAGUUAUUUAUUGGAAAUCUGCUACAGGGAAUUUAUUUUCCCCCGUUGACGUAUUAUUUUCUAAGGAAAUGAGAAGAGUUCCUGUUUAACUUCCGGUUUAACUUCCUGUUCAGUUAAAUUCUUGUACAAACCUCCCUUCACUAGAUUUGUACACACAACCUCAUUUUGGAGUGACCUCUUUAAUUUAUGCUAGAAUAAGAGCCAAUGACUGUCCGUUACUUUGAAGACGUGCCUGCUGUCGCCUCCCACCACUGUGACGCUCAUGACCUGGAGUGGCCGUGGCCUGGGGGCGUGGCCUGGGCGCUGUGUGUGGCCCACACACACACACACACACACACACACUCUUUCGCCUCCGCAGAAAUAAAAUGAUGAAGCUGA